AUGAAAAUGGCGAAAACAAUUACUCUCGUUCUACUAAUAUCGUUCCUUUCAGUUUUACACUUGUCAUACGCUGAAGAAGAACCUUUUGAUGUUCGCGAACAUCUCUCUACUGUCUCCAGGUACGGAGUUGUGAAAGAUAUUACUGACAAGAACUUCAUUCCUUCUAAAGUUCCUGAAGGAUGUACUCCCAUACAUUUAAAUCUAGUGGCAAGGCACGGGACCCGUUCUCCAACGAAGAAAAGAAUUAAGCAGUUGGGCGAUUUGUCAGCCCAUUUGGAAGUUCUUAUAAGGGAUGCGCAUUUGUCUUCCGAGAGAGUUCCUUCGUGGUUGAAUGGAUGGAAAUCUCCUUGGCAAGGAAAGCUUAAGGGUGGUGAGUUAAUUAAAAGAGGAGAGGAAGAAUUAUAUGCUCUUGGAAUCAGGAUUCGAGAUAGGUUUCCAAGUUUGUUUGACGAGGAUUACCAUCCAGAUAUAUAUCCUAUUAAGGCAACUCAGAUUCCUCGAGCAUCAGCUAGUGCCGUGGCAUUUGGAAUGGGUCUUUUCAGUGGCAAUGGAACUCUUGGACCUGGGCAGCACAGAGCUUUUUCUGUUAUAAGUGAAAACCGUGCUAGUGACACCAUGCUGAGGUUUCAUGAAUGUUGUCAAAACUACAAGGAUUUCAGGAAAAGGCAGGAGCCUGCAGUUGAUAAACUUAAGGAACCUAUCUUGGAUGAGAUUACAUCUGCCUUAGUUGGGCGUUAUGGGCUGAAUUUUACAAGGCAGCUUACAGCAUCUCUCUGGUUCUUAUGUAAAGAGGAAGCAUCCUUGUUGGAUAUAACUGAUCAAGCUUGUAGUCUUUUCAGCCCAUCUGAGGUUACAUUGCUGGAGUGGACAGAUGACUUGGAAAUGUUCAUUCUGAAGGGUUAUGGUAAAUCAAUAAAUUAUAGAAUGGGGAUGCCAUUACUUGAAGAUGUUGUUCAAUCCAUGGAGCAAGCUAUCAUGGCUAAAGAAGUACCCUUUUCCAUUUCGCCCGCUUUUGAUCAAAAGAUCAACCAGUGGAGUUUUAUAUGUGCAGUCAGGAAAUGCACCAUCAAAUUCUUUUCCAACUGCUACAGUAACACCGUAGCCGGACAAGUCCUAAAGCUGGAAGGGACACAUGGGAAGGCCAUGGGAAGGCCAAAAUUGCUUACCACUUUGCCGAUUCUGAAAGCACGACGCCUAAAUUGA